UUUAAAGGAACAAUUUAAAAAUUUUAUUGAAUCAUAAAAAAUGAUUUUAAACAAAGAAUCACUAUGUAUAAACAAAAUAAAACCAUCUCUGCUCCACCGAGCAGUACGAGACUCAGACCAUUCAAAAAUCGACCAACUUCUGGAGAAUCCAUCAACAGACAUUAACAAAAACAUCUACUACUGGGACACAGCACUGCACCUAGCAGUGCGCAACAGCGACAUCUCUUUGAUCUCAAAAUUAUUAGACCAUGGUUCAAAAAUUAACGAACUAUCUUUCGCAGAAGGUUACACGCCGCUGCACCUGGCAGUGAUGAGCAAGAGCCUGGCUGUCGUCGAGCUUUUAGCCAGGCGAGGUGCGGAAGUAAACGGAAUGUCGACGAACCACAGCCAGAGGUUCUGGACCCCUUUGCACUUCGCAGUAUCUCAAAAUAAUUACCCAAUGGUAGACUUGUUAUUUAGGUUCAAUGCAGACAUUAACGGUAUCCAUGUUAAGUGUAGGGACAUUAGCCACAAAUCUUCGGUGAGAACUAAAGUCAGAGAUUAUUACUACAAAACUCCUCUGCAUGUUGCGGUGGAUUACCACCAGCUGGAGACAGUCAGGUACUUGUUGAAUCUCGAGCAGGUUGACAUAAAUGCGAUCGACAGUGUCUAUGCGAACAAGUACGCUUCGAUUCUGUACGAAGCGAUGAGGAACGAGUGCUUGGAAACCUCUAGGUUGCUGCUGGAUGCCGGGCUUGAUGUAAAUGCUGUUAAUGAGGAGAAUUUCUCUGUCCUGGAGUGUAUUCACCAGCCGCAUAAUGACUCCUGGAGAAGGGAUGGGGAGAAUUUUUGCGUGGUUGUUGUUAAGAAACAUCUGGUUAAGCUGGAUGUCAUUGACCAUCACCUCAUCCAGCAGAACCUCAGCGCGAUUAGUGGAUCUGAGCUUGAUGAAUUUAGGCGAGACUGUUUCAAGGAGAUACAAGUUCUCAGGAGGACUAGGAUCGAUGGCACUAACUUGACUUACUAUUGCAUACUUUUUAAAUCUGAGAGAACUCUUGCCGUGUUUUCGAGAAAUGUUGAUCAAAGUGUUAAUAAUUACGAUCAUCUGGUUAGGAGACUGCCUAUUUAUGGGGGGAUUAUUUAUUUUAGGCUCAAGCAGGUCUUGAAGAGGUGCAGGUUACUCAAAGCCGCUGAAAAGAGUAUUUUUGAAAUAUUUAGAAUCUUGCCUGACACUUUUGUUAGGGAAAUUUUUUUGUAUUUGAGCAACGAGGAUCUUAAAGUUUUGAUUGCUUGAUUUUGAGUGAGUUUGUGGAAUAUUUAAGGGACGGAAAUUUGACAUCAGGAAAAAAUUUUUUAUUUAAAUUCCAUUUUUAGAAACUAAAAAAUUAUUGAUAUAAUUUUUUAAAAAUAAUUUUUUGAAUAUGUCUAUUCAAAUGUAAAAAAAUCCUGACUAAUCCACGGUGUGUAAAUUUAAAGGGCCUUAUAUUCAUGCGGUGUGGAUUUAUCAGGAUUUUUUUACGUGUGAAUAAUGACACUGAAGUUGGCAGACAUCUAGAAAUUUUUGAUUUUU